AUGUCUGCGGAACGUGAGAUGCCAGCAGAGGAUAGUACUAAAAUCGUGCGUAGUUUCCGUCCAUUGAACGAUCGCAAAGAAAGAUCCGGCUCAAAAAUUGUUGUGAAAUUCCCCAACAGUGCUGAGAAAAAUUGUCUUUCUAUAGGGAUCAAUUUGAGCGUGCAUGAAGAAGAAGAUGUGUUCGAAGUCAUUGAGGAGGGCAAAUCGAAUCGUCACAUUGCCGUAACCAACAUGAACGAACAUUCAUCCCGUUCCCAUUCAGUAUUAUUGAUUAACGUCAAACAAGAGAACUUGGAAAAUCAAAAACUUAUGGAGGCUAGCACACGCAAUCUGGAAUUGGAGGCCGUGGCUGCCGGACCCAUGCCCGCCACACCAGCUGCCGGUCUCAUGUUGGGCUCCAUCAGCAGUGAUGAACGUGCUCGUUUGGAGGCUGAACGCGAGCGCCUGUAUCAAAAAUUGGACGAGAAGGACGAACAAAGUCAAUAUGUUAAAAAUCUUAAGGAACAAAUCGUGGAGCAAGAGAAACUCAUUGCCAGUGCCCGUCGAGAAUACGAAGCCUUGCAGUCCGAAAUGGCUCGCACUCAACAGGAGAACGAAUCGGCCAAGAAAAAUGUGAACGAAGUCCUACAAGCCUUGGUAAAAUUGGCUUUUAACUACGACCAAAAAUCUCAAGAAAUCAACACCAAGAACAAGGACAUGGACAGCUUUAAUGAAGAGUUGCAACAGAAGCAGGCCUUGCUCAACACCACUACCACAGAAUUGCAAAAAUUCCUUGACAUGUCCUCACAUCAAAAGAAACGCAUCAAUGAAAAGUUGUCCAAUCUGUUACGCGAUUUGGCCGAAGUUGGCCAAGCCCUAUCCUUAGCCGAUUCCCCAAUCGACAUGAAAAUGAACAGCAUACCCAGUGCCAGUGCCGGCGACAUCGGCAACGUGGAAGAAGAUUUGACCAUGGCCCGCCUGUACAUAAGCAAAAUGAAAACAGAAGCCAAGAAUAUAGUUCAACGCUGUACCAACUUGGAAACACAAAAAAUCGAUUCCAAUAAGAAACUCUCCGAAUACGAAAGAGAUUUGGGUGAAUAUCGUCUGAUUAUUUCCCAGCAUGAGGCUAACAUGAAAUCCUUGCUCCAGCAAUCAAUGCGUGAAGCUGAAAAUAAGAAACGUUCACUGGAGGAACAAAUCGAUUCGUUGCGUGAAGAAUGCGCUAAACUUAAGGCCGCUAAACAUGUGUCCGCUGUCAAUGCCGAAGAAAAGCAAAAGGCCGAAGAAUUACGCGCCAUGUUCGAUUCACAAAUGGAUGAGUUGCGUGAAGCGCAUACCAAACAGGUGUCCGAAUUGCGCGAUGAAAUCAUUGCCAAGCAACACGAAAUGGCAGAAAUGAAGGAUUUGCAUCAGAAGCUAAUCCUCGCCCAUCAACAAAUGGCUGCCGAUUACGAGAAAUUGAAACAAGAAGAGGCUGAGAAAUCAAAUAAAUUACAAGAAAUCAUACUCACCAACGAGAGGCGUGAACAGGCUCGUAAUGAUCUCAAGGGUUUGGAAGAUAAAGUGGCUAAGGAAUUGCAGACAUUGCAUAAUUUGCGGAAAUUGUUUGUUCAAAAUUUACAGGCCUACAUCAAGAAAACCGUUCUAAACGAGGACAGCGAAGAAGACGGUGGCUCAUUGGCCCAAAAACAGACAAUCUCCUUCCUCGAAAAAAAUCUGGACCAACUCACCGAAGUGCACAAACAAUUGGUGCGUGAAAAUGGCGAUCUACGCUGUGAAUUGCUCAAAUUGGAGACACGUUUGCGCACCACCAUGGAGCGUGUCAAGGCCUUGGAGACAGCGCUGAUAGAAGCCAAAGAGGGUGCUAAGCGUGACCGUAAACGCUAUCAAUACGAGGUGGAUCGCAUCAAGGAGGCUGUGCGACAGAAACAUUUAGGACAACGUGGUCCCCAGGCGCAAAUUGCUAAACCCAUUCGUGCUGGUCAGGGUGCAAUUGCCAUUCGUGGUGGCGGUGCCGCCGCUAAUCCCACACAAAUGCCUCAAGAAAGUGCUGUUCGUAAAAUGAUUUAA